AUGCAGGCAAUCAUUACCACCGCAAAGUCCUUUGCAGGCGACGAAAAGAGGCCGCGUGAUGUGAAGGCUGCUGCUGCUGCCCCCGUCCUUGAUUGGGCGACCAUGUAUACACGUAGGCCUGCUGGCACCAGCACACUAUUCACACUGGAGGCCAUGGUGGCAAAGCGCAUGGAGCUACUUGCAUGGAUCGACCAGUUAAUGAACUCGCCGAAUGUGAGGAGUUUUAGUGUUGUGCUUGACGAAAUUGGGGCACGGCUUCCAAUUGAGCGUCGAAAACAUGUCACACAGCAUGCCGCCGAUCACGUAGUGGUGCUGGGUCGUGAUGAUAGCCCCGCUGCAGAUGAUGCGGAUAGCUUUCGUACCCCGCGGCUCUCUGUUUCACGAUCGUCAGGCUCCGCUGCUCUGAAUGCUGUCUUAUUUGAAGGGGACGAAGACCUUAUUUCUCAUCUUCUUGCACGUUUUGCGUUCUGUAUGAGCGAGCAAUGGCGCAAGUGGUUUGUGAAAACGGAGGAGGCUCUUCUUCGUGCUCGUCUGAAAUUGCAGAUGGCAAAGUAUGAAACAGACUUUUUACCUAGCCUUAUGCGUGACAAUGGCCUUCCGUGUGACCCGCUCUCUGACGAGCAGUGGCAGGAUCCGCUACUACAGGAAUACAUUGUGUACUUUGCAGUGUUGCAGGGGAAACAGCAAUCCCGCAGUCGCGAGGACUAUUUUUCUGUUCCAAUGACAUUAGCAACACGUCUUAUAAAGACCCGUAGUGUUCUCUGCCUCAAGGGACAUGCCAUUCUUCACAGGGAUCAGGCUCAGGAAGUGUUUGUAACGGUAUUUCGUUCCAAGCUGAACAAAGGCCUGCAUGAGGCGUACCUGGCACGGAUGAGGUUGACAUCCAAUGAAGACGAUGAAGAGCGUGAAACAGUUAUGCGAAUGUUAGACGCAUUUUUGGAAUAUUUUGUAUCCGAUCCCACGUCCGCCAUACAGGAAGCGGCCUCUGGUGCCGUGAGUGCGGGAGAAGUGCGCCGUAUUGCCCAAACUCAUUUCCCUUUGUGCAUGCGUCAGGUAGAUGAGCAUCUUCGUCGCGAGGGGCACCUAAAGCAUCACGGACGAUUCACUUAUGGACUUUUCUUGAAGGCAAUUGGCCUUUCGUUGCAGGAUUCCAUGACUUUGUUUUCUUCCUUAAUGACUGUUAAAGGCGUUGCUGGGAAUAGUGAGGCAUUUGCCAAGACGGCAUAUGGAUACAAUAUCCGCCACAACUACGGGAUGGAGGGCAAGAAGACAAGCUACAGCUCCAUGUCGUGUGCAACACUGCUGGCUCUCCCUCCUGUGGUUGACCGGUUUGACUGUCACGGUUGCCCCUUUCGUUUUAAGGACGAGGGCGCCUUUCGGUCGAUGCUGCUGAAGGAGCAGCUAAAUCCGCUUGGAAAGGAGCAUCCUCCUCUGAGACCCUCCGCAAGCGACAUUGAGGAGAUUGUGCAGGACUGCAAGGGACAACAUUACACACGUGCCUGCUACAAAUAUUUUGUGGCCACUCAUCCCGGCGUCAAACGUGACACGUUAUUUCGUUCGCCAUUUGAGUAUUACACGUUGAGCCGUGAGGUGGGAGAGAGGCCGGAGGAAAUUCUGAGUGAACAGACAACACCAGCGCGGCGGUUAAUGACCGGUGACAGUCUCAAGCGGUCAAUGUUUACGCCCACCCUGAAAGAAGAUGUCAUCCGGGAGCGAAAAUCUCCACCAUAG